AAGAAUCGACUGUCUCCCGAUCUCAAGCUGCGAUGCUGGUUGCUGCCUUCGCUGGAUCCCUCUCCCUCUCGAUCGGCGCCUCCGCCGCCCCGCGGUCGCGCUCCGCCGUUAACAUGCAGGUCGCGGCGGAGGCGCAGGUGGCGCAGCCGGUCGCGCUCGCAAAGGCCGCCGACGAGGCGCGCGGCCUCGCCAUCGACUCCAUCUCCAAGGCGCACUCUGGCCACAUGGGCCUGCCGCUCGGCUGCGCAGAGGUGGGCGCGGUCCUGUGGGGCCAGGAGAUGUCCUACAACCCGGACGACCCCACCUGGCUGAACCGCGACCGCUUCAUCCUCUCGGCGGGCCACGGCUCCAUGUUCCUCUACUCGUGGCUCCACAUCGCGGGCUACGACCUCCCCAAGGAGGAGGUUUCGAACUUCCGCGUCAAGGACUCCAAGACGCCCGGCCACCCAGAGUGGCAGGGCAUGCACCCGCACACGCCGGGCAUCGAGUCGACCACCGGCCCGCUCGGCCAGGGCAUCGGCAACGGCGUUGGCAUGGCGGCGGCCGCCAAGCAGGCGGCGGCGACCCUCAACACCGCCGACCACACCAUCAUCGACCACCACGUCGUCGUGCUGUGCGGCGACGGCUGCCUGCAAGAGGGCGUCGCCAACGAGGCGGUCGCCUUCGCGGGCCACGAGAAGCUGGACAACCUCAUCCUGAUGUACGACUCGAACGGCGUGACCCUCGACAAGAUGGCGGAGCACACCCAGUCCGAGGACGUGUCGAUGCGCUUCGAGGCGCAGGGCUGGGAGGUGCUCGAGGUUGACGGACACGACAUGGACGCCAUCACCAAGGCGUACCGCUACGCCAAGGACUCGGACAACGGCAAGCCGACCCUCAUCGUGUGCAAGACCAUCAUCGGCAAGGGCAUCGACGAGAUCGCGGGCACCUGCGCGGCGCACGGCGAGGCGGGCGUCCAGUACCAGGACUCUGGCCGCGAGGCGCUCGGACUGCCGGCGGACGAGAAGUGGUACGUCUCGCCCGACACGUACGACUACUUCAAGUCGCACAAGGCGGAGCUGGUCGCCAAGUACGACGAGUGGCAGGAGACCUUCAAGGCGUGGAAGGCUGCCAACGCCGACAAGGCGGCGAUGCUCGAGAAGCCGGCGCCGAGCGCGGAGGAGCUGAUGGCUAAGAUGGGCGGCUUCGAGGUCGGCUCGGGCGUCGCCACGCGCAACGCGGGUGCCGAGGUGCUGCAGCCGAUUGCGCAGGAGAUGCCCUUCUACCUGUCGGGCUCGGCCGACCUGCACGGCUCCAACAAGAACUACAUGAAGGGCGUCGGCGACUUCUCCAAGAACAACUACGCCGGCCGCAACUUCUACUACGGCAUCCGCGAGCACGGCAUGGGCGCCAUCCUCAACGGCAUGGCCUUCUACGGCCUGCACACCGUCUCGGGCUCCACCUUCCUCGUCUUCUCGGGCUACAUGAUGGGCUCGGUCCGCGUGGCCGCCCUCUCGGGCCUCCCCGUUUCGUACAUCUGGACGCACGACUCGAUCGGAGUCGGCGAGGACGGCCCGACGCACCAGCCGGUCGAGGUGGUCGCCGGCUUGCGCGCGAUGCCCAACCUGGACGUGAUGCGCCCGGGCGACGCCGAGGAGACUGCCGCCGCGUACGCCUCGUCGGUCACCCGCCCCGACGGGCCCACCGCGCUCAUCCUCUCGCGCCAGAACCUCGCCGUGAUCGACACGUGCUCGGCGGAGGAGAAGCGCGCCGGCACGCUCAAGGGCGGCUACGUCGCCAAGAAGGAGGAGGGCGAGCUGGAGGGCAUCCUGAUCGGUGUCGGCUCCGAGCUGGAGCUGGCGAUCAACGCGGCCAAGGAGCUCGGCAAGGGCUGGCGCGUCGUCUCCAUGCCGUGCGUCGAGGCGUUCGAGCGGCAGAGCGCCGAGUACAUCGAGUCGGUGCUGCCCAAGGCGAUGAAGGCGAAGACCACCGCCGCCGAGGCGGGCUACACCGCUGCGUGGUACAAAUACGCCGACAAGGUGCUCGGCGUCGACUCCUUCGGCCUCUCCGCGCCGGGCGACGAGGUUUUCGAGGCGAAGGGCCUGACGGUCCCGGCGUUGGUCGCCCUCGCCAAGUAGGCGGGUGAGCCAAAGGGCGGGUUGAACGAUUCCGCCGCCCUCGCCGCCGCCCCAGCCCCACGUUGUGCUGCGCCUCUACCGUGCGCGCGCAUAUCUGAGUUCUGUGCUGAGCGUGUCGUUGUGUGUGGGCUAUAUGAUCUAGCAUGAUUGUUAAGAAAGCGCAAAUAUGUUAAGAAA